UUCAGCAGUUCGGUUCUCGGGAAAAAAGAAAAGAAUAAAAACAACUUGGUUUUAGGUAAACGGACUGAGAGAGGAAAUGAAAAGUUGUUAAAUAAAGCGGAAAUCCUAUUCGGUGGUAGCUGUAUCCUGUUGGCAUCAAAGGAAAAUGCGAUUCGGGACGUAAGGCAGCAAGCUCGGUGUGACUGUAUUUAUUUACAGAUCUCCUCCCCAGGAUUGGAAUCCUUUCGCGCCACCCGUUGCGAUUGAGGUAUUUGAAGUGGGUAUCAAUGCUUAAAUCUGUGAGAAAAACCCACCAGUGAUAUUUCAACUAGGGGUGGGUGUGGAUAACGAUGUAAAGUGGAAAGCGAACCAAAACGAAUGGACUGUCGACGGAUGGGCGAACGCGGAGACAAUCAUCGAUCGAAAAAAAAGCAUUCCAGAGCAUAGCAGUGAAGAUACGUAGAACCUGGACGGGCGAAAGAAGUGAGUCAGUCGGGAAAAGCCCAAGGAUAAAGUACAUAUCUAUGUAGAACAGCGUUUCUGCUUCUUCAUUCCGUUCCUUUCAUUGUCGUAGCCCUUUUCAACGGAAGCAGCCCUUUUGUAAAGCUUUGUUCGAAUUUCUCCUGUCGACCAUUUAGCGUUACACAAGUGAUGCAUUGAGGCAGCUGGCUGGUGCAUACUUGUGUGCAGUUUAGUGCCACGUGAGCUGUGUGAGUGAAUAAUUUUCGCAAAUGCUGGUCAGCUAGACAGACAACUAACCGGGAUCCUCAUCCCGAAUCGCCAUUCGAAAACAGCUGAAAAACGCCACCCAGCCACCCAUUUUUACGUUCUCUUGCGGGGCUAAUGUGCCCCCCAUUCAGUGUUGUUGUGUUGGUAAUACACACAUUUUUACUUCUCCGUGCCGUGGUCCUUCCGUUCUUCCGCUAUUGAUUGAGGCUACCAAAUAUAUGCAUUGGGAGACGAAGUGAGUUUAAUUUUUUUUUCUUUUUUCGUCAGUCUACGACGACGGUGGCGGCUUGUUCCGUUUUUUUUUCUGGGUAGUCCUACGAGAAGAACAUAAAAAGUGCUUUCAUUGGAGAAAAUCAAUUUCGAGCGAAAUAUAAGUGACGUGCUCAUUGCAGCUCGAGCGAGACGAGCAGUGGAAUGGAAAAAAAAAAUCGCGCGAAGCGUGAAGUGAAUGUUAAAGCUUUGCAGUUGAAAGAGAUCGCCAGAUGUGGUGAUGUGCAGUAAGGUGGGAACACAAACAAAGCUUGGUUCCGCGACAGACAUUGAGCGAAGCUGGAGUUACUCGGAAAAGCCUUUAUACACGCGACGAUUUAUGCUUUUCGAAGCAAGCGAACCGCGAAACGUUCCAACUAUACAAUCAGUUAUUUCGAAGAAAUACACUACCGAGGGUUCACAAAAACGUUAGUAACUGGAGGGGGUAAGCAAAUUUCAUAAAUCAUCCAGCUAGUGGCCGGGUUUCUCGUUCGUCUCACUAUCACUCGCAUAUCUAUUCGCCUAACCAGGACGUUUGAAACGACGCCGCGAAAAUGCCAUCGGCCACGAUAAACUAUGCCAGCAGCUGCAAAGCUGCUAGGCGAAAAUAGUUCCACACUAAAAUAGUCCCGCCCGAGAAAGCCGGAAACCACGUUUUAAAACGAUCGCUAGCAAAGAAAGCGAAAACUACGUGCUGGAGGAACUGCGGUUCCCGAAGAAGAGAAAAAAAAAUCGGUUGGCAGAGAUGAUCAAAAGGAAGAAAAACACUUGGGGAAAGUUCUUUGGUUGAGAGUGUGUGUGUGUAUGUAGUUGUUGUUGUGCUAGCACCGAGCAAACGUGUGUCGGAAAACGCCCACCACCCAACCAUACCACAGCGUCAGAUGAGCUAAAGAAGGAAAGUUUGUGUGCUUCCGGCAAACAGUAGUUUUUCUCCCCUCUGCUAUCAUCUGCUAUCUAUGUCUAAUGCUCACAUACAGCUAUUGUCUCGACUAAUAGUGUUAAAAGCUGCUGCCUUGCCGCAACUUCCGGUUUCGUGCUCGUCUCCUUACGGUUGGAGGAAAAACAACAAUCGUUCUUUUUUUUCUCUCUACUCUUUAGUAUACGCGCGAGUUUGCUUCUUGCAACCAGAGGAAAGCUAAGCCACCGGUGAGCUGUGCAAAGUAGGGGAAACAAGUGCGAAAGUUUCGAAAAGUCAUUGAUGCAAGAAAAGCGUACAAGUUGGAAUACAUAGUUUGUUUGAUAGAAGAAAAGUAAAAGUAAUCGCAGUGGGAGAAGAAUCACGUGACCAGUUUCACACGCCUUUGUGAGUAAGAAAAGUUAUCGGGAGAUCGUAAUAACAGUGCACAGAGAAAUAUUUACAAGCCCUGAAGGGCCAGCAAAGGAAUCGGCAGCAGCAGGAUAAGUUUGUGAAUACCACUUCGCAAGAAAUCGUUCGCACGAAUAGUAGAUAGUAGUUGCAAUCAGUAAACAGCAACAACAACAACAACAACAACGAAAAAGUCGGAAGUGAGCCAGAAAAUAAACAAGCGCCAAACUGUUACUCUGCGGUUGUUAUAUUUUCGAACGGGGUGCCAAAGAUAGCAGCACGGAAGGUCUCAGGAGUGCCCUAGCCCGUCUCCGCAGAUCGGGCCCACUCCCCAACCCUUCCAGUCCUGAACAUACUGAAGUUGUCGAUCGUACGUCUUCUGCGUCCCGAUGCCGCCAGCGAGAACGGGAUAACUCCAGAUCACCGGCACCAACACCAGCACCCCCUUCCACGCCGCGAAAAAUCAAAGUGCCACAUCACAGUGCAAUGACAGUGUCCGUCACUCAACCCCAGCAAUCGAUGGACAUCGUGUGCUGUAGUCCGAGUGCGGUCGGGUCCUCCACCCCGCCAAACAGCGCCCCCCAUCCGUCCAGUCCGGUGCACUCGAGUGGUUCCUCGGAAACGGACACUGUCGUCAGCACCCCACCAUCGUCAUCCUCGUCAUCACACACCAACCCCAGCACGGCCCUUCGAAGGUUCUACUUCCAAAAGGCCCGUGUCAGCAAACCAUCGAAAGCAACCGUCACCAUCGGGGUAGCUAGUCCCGUGGGCCCGGUAUCGGUAAUGACCAGCAGUACAACUCCAACUACCACCUCCUCGUCACCGUCCUCAGCCGUUCCGAAGGUGGUGGUCAUGGGUUCAUCUACCACCUCGGAAGCGACGAUCAACACCUCAACGGAUUCGGCAUCCACCCACGUGACCAAUGUGACCACGACCACCGACACCGAGACGAACGAUUCGAUUGAUUUGGGUGACACCUCCGGUCAGAGCGAACCUCUGCUCAGCUCCCUGGAAGACGAAAGUUCCAGUAUUGUCAUGAACCAUAGCUUCGGCGAUCGAGAUGAUGAAAGCAUCACCGUAAUUAAUGGACCAGACACACCGCUACUGAUCAACUAUCAGGAACUCGAAGACCUCUCACCGAAGACACCAAAAAAUUCACCGAAGCCCCGCACUGCCCCCAUGACCGCGACCACCCGUUUCUCGUUCGAUUCGCCCAACUCGCCGAAAAGUGGUCACAAGUCAACCCACGAGACACUGUUCAACUUUGACGAUUCGCCCAAUCCGAUACGUCGCCCUCCGCCAAAGAUUUCACCCACAGACUACACUCAGGAUCCAAUACCGGCGCAAGAGUCCAACAAAGAAAAUCGUCCGAAGGCAACGGCAGAAGUGAACACCGGUACUCCAACCAAGCGCGUUCCGCACUACAAAUCCCGGAAGGACCGAUUCAUGCAACAACAAAAACAACAAAGCGGAAAAGCACUGAACUCGGCACCGGCUGUAAGCGGCGGUAAAAGUCAAAAGUAUGACCCCGAUAUGACCAUGUUCCCGUUCGAUCGGGAAGCCAUCGAUUACGAUCGCAUCCAGCGGGAAUGUUUCGCGGUUGAGGAAGAGUUUUCCUUCCACCGGAAUCGUGAAGAAUAUUGCGAUUCUCCUUCGAGACCGACGAUAGAUUCGGAAAUAUUUAGCGACCAAUACUCAAUCUUCCAACAGUACGCGUACCUAACCCAACAGGAGCGCGAUGCGCUAGAGCGAACGCCUUCGAAACGAAACAAAAAUGAUCGAAUCGAUGCAUUCUCGCCGAAGAGAAAAGGCAACAGUAAGCACUCCGUGUCGCCUCAACGCCUCUCCAGGUUCGACCAGAUCGCGACCAAGUUUGACAUGAUGCCCUCGAAGUACGACAGUUCUACAAAGGGACGUACGAAAAUGAGUGGAGUGAUGGGUGGUGGAGGCCUUCCGGAUGUCCGGUUCGAUUACUUUGCGGAAACGUCUUGCUGUUCGUCCAGUGAUGAUCUGUCGUUGACGGCAGUGAAAGCGACACCAUCGACGGUUGCUUCCUCGGCCGAUGGAAAAGCGCAUGCGUCAACGGCAACGGCUUCGGUCUCUACUGGAUUACGAUCGGCCGAAGUCGUCGGAGGAGCAGGCGCGUUGGCUACCGGGGCUAUAAAUGUUACUCCGAACCCGAUGGACGGCGCAGUUUGUACGCAACCUCGGGCGACAAUAGUCGUACAGCAACCUUCGCUGAGCCUAGACUACUCGUCGGUGGAGACGAUUCUGCUCAAGAACGAGGGCGACUUCAUCAGCGUCGAGCAGGGCAAAGAGUUGUCCCGGAAGAAGAAACAGCAGCAGCGGGAGGAAAACAUGCGGCAGCUGCUCGACGUUACCAACUCUCUGACGACGGAGGAAAUUAAGGAUUUCGAAAUGAGAUAUGGAAGUCCACAUCACAGCCGAUCUCAAUCGGUGAAAACACCCGGUAGCCGAGCAUCGGGACGACCAAAUCAGCUAUGCCUGCCACAGCAACGAUCCAGAGUGGCAUCGAUGCCUAACACCGGCGUCGAGGAGGAAUACUACAGACUAAGGCAUUUCUCGAUCACCGGCAAAGGAGUCAUCAAUCGGGGUGAUUCACUCAAGAGUCGUCGGAGCAAGUCCAACAACAGUGUCGCCAGUUCCAAUUCCAGCACCGAACAUCUGACAGCAGUAGGAGCAGGAUCCGCCCGGACGUCCGCAACCUGUAGCCUGGCUUCCAGCAGAGAAAGCAGUACAUCAAACCCAGCUUCUGGACCAUACAAAGUGCUGAUGCUGGGUGGUGCUGCUGUCGGGAAAAGCUCAUUAGUGUCGCAGUUUAUGACAUCGGAGUAUCUGCAUGCCUACGAUACUAGCAUAGAUGACGACUCCGGCGAGAAAACGGUCUCGGUUCUUUUGAGCGGAGAAGAAUCCGAGCUAACCUUUAUCGAUCACAGUUACAUGGAUAUGACGCCAGAGAACUGCAUGUCCUCCUACGAUCCGCACGGAUACUGUGUAAUUUAUUCGUCCGCAGACCGCAGUAGCUUUCAGAUUUCUGAACAGAUUCUGCAGGUGCUGUGGACAACAGAAAACAUUGCUCAAAAAGCGGUCAUCCUGGUAGCAAACAAGGCCGAUUUGGCACGUAGCCGAAUGGUUACUUCAGACGAGGGCAAACAGAUGGCAACACAAUACGACUGCAAAUUCAUAGAAACAUCCGUCGGAAUCAACCACAACGUAGAUGAGCUGCUGGUGGGACUGCUUUCGCAAAUUCGACUUAAACUGGAGAAUCCGGAGAAGUCCAGGGAUCUCUUCCGCAAACGAUCGAUCCGAAAGUCGAAACGCCGUGCCUGUUCGCCACUCGGCGGUGCAAUUUGCCUGUCCGGGCUGGGCGGCGGCGGUGGUGGUGGCGGAACCAAUCCGAGCACACCGGUUUCGAUGGGCCCAGUUCCAGGCGGCGGGUUUGCGGAUACUCCACCCGGCAGUGCCCACAGCAGUCCCCGCAAGUACCGGGGCUCCCGAACGUCGGCCAGUCUGAAGGUGAAGGGACUGCUGGGCCGCGUCUGGGCACGCGAUUCCAAAUCCAAGAGCUGUGAAAAUCUACACGUACUGUAAGCGUGAGCUAUGGUAAUAGCGCAUAUUUCGUUCCAUCAUCCUACAUAAUAUAUACAAUACAUAUACAUGUGAGCAAUCGAAAGCCGGAUAUAGUAGUGUGACCAAAACAGAACAUAUUUAGUUCGGGACGAUUUUAAUUUUUUUAAGCGAAGUAUACUAGUCGAAGGCGUUUGAACUUUUAUUUAGAGUAACAGCAUCAAAAGCAGACAAAACCGGUUUCCUUUUUCAGAUACCAAUUAGGCUUAGGUUACGGUUUUUGUACAGUGAUAUUAAAAUUUGAACCAAUUUGCAUGAACUCAAAAUAUGUAAGUAAGCGUCGGUUUUAUUGUAAAGUGAAAUUAAUUUCAUGCAACUGUAUUAUGUGAUUAGUCUGUAAUGGGCGAUCCUUUUGGAAAUUUCAGCAAAAAAGAAAACUUCCUUUUAUAUAAUUUUUAUGCGCUAUACUUUAUCAGUUUUGUAUUCCUGUUUUUUACAAUCCUCUCCGACGUAUAUUUUAGAAGUUAGCAUUUAUUGGAUAUCAUACUUUUUUAACUAGGCUAAUAAAGUCCUCAACCUACGUUACACUUAUUGUUUUUAUUAUUUUCUCUGUAUCAUUAUCAUCCAUGUCCCAACAGAAAUCAGGUGAGAAGAAUAUACAUUCAUAGAAGUAACCGUACCUUCAAGAACAAAAAAAACCGCAAGUCAUCGACAACAAUUCUUUCCAGCAAUCCCGACAAGUGAAUUAUAUUUAUAGUGAAACUUUAUUACACCAAGAGCAGUAAGUGCCUUCUUUAGUUAAUUAUUCCACUUUGCGUUGGCGGUUGUGAACGGUGGUGUAUCUCUGGGCGAACAAACGCGUAGGUACGGUGCCCGUUGCCAUCGGUGGACGACGGUACACAAUUUGCAGAGUGGUCAAGGUCAUCUGAUUAAGUACAGUACGACGUCACAGUACAGGGAAACGGUUGGGUUAGGAAAAGUUCGCUCUCGGUGACGUAAAAUUUAUGUGAGGAGAAAUAAUCUCGUAUUAAUCACCACGCGUCUCCAUGGAAUUAUUUUUCGUGGAGAAUCGUUAUAAACUAAGCAUUAUACUAUGCAAAGCCAAUUUCUGAAAAUUACGUAAUUAAAAUAAGAAUACCACAAUGAUUUCUCAUUUCGCUGGCUACCGAACAGAUAUAGCAUUCUAUUUUGCUUCAUCUGUUAGAGGAGAAAGGCUCAUGCCGUUUUUUUUUUCAAAGGAAAAAACCAGGGCAGUUUUAUGUUUUAAUGUAGAUAUACGGAUAAAAUACGGCUAAACGUAUAGCUCUUUUGCCAAAAAGUGCAAACUUUAUCUAUUGCCUC